UUAGACUCAGGUUAUUUUAUUUAAGUUAUCCUUGAUUUUGGCUCAACUGGAGUGUCAAAUUGUACAUAACCAUGUCGAAGUAUUGAGGACCAACAUAGAGGUGAAAUGAAGAUUGAAGAGUCUGUGUAACAUAGUUGAUGGUACCACAUGCAAUAAAUCAGAACUCUUACUAUGUUUUCGAGAAAAUCAUUUUCGAGGAAAGUAGUUUUCUUAUUUUUCUCUGUUUACUCAUAGUUUCCCGAGAAUAGAUAUAGUUUUCUGAACGGAAUGAUGGCAUGUUCUCCCCAGCUUAUUUUAGUUCAGUUCAAUUCAGUUCAGUUUAACUCUCUUCAAUUCAGUUCAAUUCAGUUUAACUCUCUUCAAUUCAGUUCAAUUCAGUUUAACUCUCUUUAAUUCAGUUCAAUUCAGUAAACAAUACUUUUACUCUCACAUAUCACUAUUCAUUUCAUUUCAGUUCAAUUCAGUUCCCUUCAAUUCAGUUUAGUUCAGUUCAGUUGUUUUAUGCCGAAGAGAACAUGCCCUAAGGAAAGAAUAUGUCAUUUUGUUCCCUAUUUCCACUUGAUUUCCUUUCUUCCAUCCCCUCCCCUCCAUUUUAGUUUUUCAUUUUCUAUCUAAAUCUUUUAUCAAGUAAUCUAACAAAGGAAAGUUAAUCUUUCAUUGCAUUUUCUCUUAGAAAAUACUGUCCAUGGAAGAUUUUUCUUCAGUUCAAAAUGCUAUGUUUGUGCACACUUGGUGUUGUGUCUUUCUUCUUCCAUAGUAUUGCUCCCUCAUUUCUAAGAUUAUGCUAUAAGUAUCAAAUUUGGUGAUGAAAUUGUAUUAACUAUGGGAAAACAACAUUGUUGGCACCUUCUUAUUCUAUAAAUAGUUUAAUUAAAGAGCCGCCACGCACCCACACCGCACAGAUCAACAAACAAGUCUUGCUUAUAUAUAGUUUAGAUUGAGGAUAAAAAGAAUGAUUUCAGAAAAUUUGCAUAUAAUCUUAUUCUAUAAGGAUCCAUGCAAGUUCCAUACCCUGAUGCCAACUACAAUAGACAAGGAAGACAAAAUGGUGGAUUGUGUAUGUUUUCUUUUAAUGGAAGUAUUGGAAGAUAAGAAAGAAAUGAGUGUAUUUGCUCUUGAUGAGGAUCUGCUUGCUGUACAGAAUCGAUGUGUAAAUAUAAUUGCACACCUGUUUAACGCUCCUAUUGGCGAAGAAGAAACUGUAGUUGGUGUAGGCACGGUAGGGUCGUCGGAGGUAAUCAUGUUGGCGGGUUUAGCAUUCAAAAGAAAAUGGCAGCAAAAGCGAAGAGCAGAAGGAAAACCGUGUGACAAACCUAAUAUAGUCACCGGAGCAAAUGUGCAGGUUUGUUGGCAAAAGUUUGCUCGAUACUUUGAGGUAGAGCUGAAGGAGGUGAAAUUGAAAGAAGGAUAUUAUGUGAUGGAUUCAGAGAAAGCUGUGGAUAUGGUGGAUGAGAAUACCAUCUGUGUGGCAGCUAUUCUAGGUUCAACCUUGACAGGAGAGUUUGAGGACGUGAAGCUCCUUAACGAACUUCAGACCAAAAUAAAUAAGGAGACUGGAUGGGACACACCCAUUCAUGCUGAUGCUGCUACUGGUGGAUUCAUUGCUCCUUUUAUCUAUCCGGAUAUUGAGUGGGAUUUUUUGUUGCCAUUGGUUAAGAGUAUAAAUGUUAGUGGUCACAAAUACAGUCUUGUUUAUGCAAGAAUCGGCUGGGUUGUCUAGAGGAGCAAAGAUGAUUUGCCAGAAGAUCUUAUUUUCCACAUCAAUUACCUUGGAACAGAUCAGCCUACUUUCAUACUCAACUUCUCCAAAGGUGUUGUUCCAUUUUCCCAGCAACUUAUUGCGACUGAAAGAGCUUGGUGUGCAUGGCGUGAUUACUUUAAUUGAGCUUGGUGCACACUUUUUCUGUCUAGUAGUUGGAUAUAGGAUUCUUGCUCCUGUAUCCAUAUUGCUGAAACUUUCUUGAUGGAAAUAAAUGAUCUCUGUUUAUGAAAAAUAAUGUGAUGUUUGUCCUUUUCUCUUUGUUCGAAGAGUAAGUCUUGGGAGGGGGAUAUGUUUGGUAUUGAUAUUAUGCAAGGAGUUCAAGAAACAAUGUCGUGGGCAUGGUAUUAUUCCAA